AUGGCGGGGACAGAAAGAAGCAUCAAGCUACUCAACUAUCAACCGAAUCCACGCGCCGGCAAACACCUCACGCAAGAGGAAAACGACUUCAUAAUACAUUUGUGUAUUUCAAACAAGUACCAGGGACCGUUUUCCGAACACAAAAAAGGAUUCUGGAUGCAGAUGUCCGAUCGCUUCGAAGCUUCCUGUGGUCGUCCCUAUUCUUGGCAGUCAUGCCGGCGUCGGCUAUUAGCCUGGGAGAACAAACAAAUAAUGGAAUCACAAGAUGAAGCGACAGGUGGCAUAUUUCGACAAGCCAUUCCCUUGGAGAAUGAAUACGAGGAAGGAAAUGAGAUUUAUUAUGAAGCGGAAGACAACGACGACAGCUUGCUACCGGAACCUAUAACUCCACUCAUUCGCCGUGGACAUGCCAUGUGCGAGAUUGAGCAGGCGGCGCUGCAGAAAAAUGUCGCUGAUAUGGUGUCUAGCACGCUGGAUAGCUUUGAAGAUCAGCUUAAAACUAUCACAAAGGUUCUGAAUGAGACUCGGGAGGGCCAGUCAGCCAUUCACGAUGCAUUUGAUACACUCAAAGCCGAAUUGCAGAUGUCUGUCGAGAGAUUCACAAAUCGAAGUGCAUCGAGAUGA